GCUACAAUCAAUGUCUUAUUGAAAGACAUUUGUACGGUGUGUAGAACACAUGGCAGGGAUGCAUCAGCUAUAGUGCAUGCGACAUAUUUGUGAUUUUGUGGGAGGGAUUUUAGCUUUUUCUACCUUGAACCUCUCGUAAAAGGUAUAUUCCAAGGAGGUACUAGAAGACCCAUUGGAACAGAGUAGGAUUCACUCAUAGAGCACUGAAUUCACACCCGAGGACUCAGGACUUUUUUCUUCUUCUCAUCCUGCGUCAUUUUGUUUAUCGCUCUCCGACUGUGCAGUGUUACAGAUUCAAAAGUGCAUUGUAGAUUCCAUCAGUGCUAUAAACGCGUGGAUUUUUAUAUAUAUACAGCUGCGUGAUCAAAGAUCCUGCAGGGAUCUGCACAUUCCUAGCUUACAGGAUUACUAGUACUUAUGUAAUUACAGGAAUAUCUUGAAUUAUAGAAUUUAAUAUAAAAAAUCAUUUUGGGAGUAUACUCGUACAAAAAAAAUUCUUUUUUACUGAUGUGAUGGAAUAUUUAACCGAGGUUGUAAAAUCGCAUAAAGUGGAAAGUAUAAAUCCCAACGCAGACUGUGCGAACUGUCGCAGGAGGAAUUUUUUAUCCAAAUUCGGAAUGAUCUCAGCCAAAAGCCACACGAUGAGUGUUCUGUUUCUAGUGACAAUAUUCGUGAGUGUGUGUUCAGCUCAGAAUCUGAAGAUAGACAUAGGUGACACCCUUCGUCAACAGGACCUCCGAAAGGGAACUGUGGAAUUUCAGGCCCCUGUGGCCCUUCAGUGGGGAAUAGCAGACACUUCGUCCAAUGUAGGAAAAAUGUUCAAAUUUGCCAUACCCGACGAUGCUUUCAGAGGGACCAUUCAUACAAUGAAGGUUACAGAAGCUGGAAAGUUGACUCUACCUAGCUGGUUGGUCUUCGAUGAAGAAUCUCGACAACUGAGUGGUGUCCCAUCUCCCUCCAACAUCGGAGAUAAUUACCUAGAAGUAGUGACCACAGGACCACAAAAUUCUCAAGCCAAAGAUGUGUUCUCCAUUAAAGUGGUGGUGGAAAGCCCGCCCAAUCAUGUCCCACCCCCCACAAAAUCAUCUGACGGUAAGCCACAGACGGUGCGGUGUAAACGGGAGCAGCCGGAAACGUCUGCCACGAUCGUGGUGGAUGCCGACAUGAUGACCAUGCCCCCUUCAGACAGGAUCAAUUUGAUGAACAUGUUGUCAGACCACCUUAACCUGGCCUCUGACAUGAUGAAGAUGUUACCUCUUGGAGACAAAGAGGUCUUCGAUAAGUCAGCUCUUGUAGCCGGACAAGGGGAUUCAAAAGAUCUCUCCACCCCUGGUAUGAUGAUGUCUUGGUUGGUGGGCUGUGGAAGUGUUCAAAAAGACCACAUGAAUGUUCUGCAAAAAGUUGAGAGCUCUGCAGCAAGUGGUAAAAUGAAACAAAGUGUAGGACACAAGAUCAUAGGAUGGCAUGUCAUCAACACGGCUAUUCAGGAGAAACCAAAACGUCGACGUAGAGCCAUUAUGGCAACUGCCACUGUCAUUGAUACUCCUAGUCCACCAACUAAGUUACCCGACACAGUUGUCACUGACAUCAAGCCAUCAGUGAGCACUGCACAUCUGACCAGAUCUGUCCCAGUCAUGGAGACUUCAUAUACCAAGGUGGAGCCUACCAAAACCAUGAUCAUGCCUUCUGCAAGUCCUACUAUGGAAGUCAAGCCCACAGAUAUGAUGACCAAGACCACCACAACAUCCACCCCAAAACCAGCAGUGGUCACCUCAGCUCCCAUCACACCAUCUCCAUCACCUAGUCCCCCUGUGGACAAAUCGGAGAUCAUGCCAACUAAGUCCAUGACGGUCACUGAUGCUCCAACCAAGGUCACUCCACAACCAGAGCCCGAGGACCCCAAUUGUCCUAACGAUGGAAAGAGUCGUCCUCCAAUCGUCACCGGAAAAAUGGAGGAUGUGGUCUUCAAGGUGGGCCACGAGAUUCAGUAUCCACUACCCGACAAUCUUUUCUAUGACUGCAUUGAUGGCAAUACAAAGCAACUGACCAUUAAUAUGUUUGGCAAUGAUACCGAUGUCUUACCAAAAAAUCAUUGGUUGGAGCUGAAAGGAAAGAAGUCUGGAAACUUUAAAAUUGUUGGCUUCCCAAUGAACAAAAAUCAAGGAAAGCAUAUGUAUUCUCUCAAAGCUGGAAACACUUUUGGAUUGCUGGCCACAUAUGUUGUGAAAGUCACAGUCCAACCUGAUGAAAGGCUAAGUGGAGAACCCUCUCAUAAGAUCAGCAUGACAUUUGAUGCAGAUUAUGAAAAAUUCACCAAUACUAAAGUCAAAGAUCUGACAAGGAGUCUGGCCCAGUUCAUGUUUGGUUCAGCAGAUGCAGACGCCAUCACAGUGCUAGAUGUUCAGCCCGGUUCUGUUGUGUAUUCUUGGACCAAUAACCAACUCCCAACUGAUUCCUGCCCAGCUAAACAGGUGUCAGAGACAAUGGGCAAGUUUCUCAAUGAAGAUGGAACAGUCAACGAAAAGGCUAAACAAGAAUUCCCUUAUCCACUAAAUGAUGUGGAGGCAGUCCCCAUGGGAGCAUGUGUUGGUAAUAAAGACUUCCCUUCUUCUGGAAAAAUUAUAGAGCCAAUGACCCCUAAACCAGAUGAGCCAGGGACCGAUAAACCCACUUCAGAACCGACCGAUCCUGGGAAGAAGGAGUUCCAAGAAGAAGAGGAGAAUGAGAUCUGGUUGACAACGGUUGUCCCUGCUGUUGUUAUCGUUGUCUUGCUCAUCAUCUUCCUCAUCAUUGCCUGUGUCCUCUAUCAAAAGAAGAGGAAGGGAAAAAUGUCACUGGAGGACAAAAACUAUCAUAAUAAUAAAGGUGCACCUGUUAUUUUCCCGGACGAAUAUGACGAAAAGCCAAAUGAUGCUUCUAAGCCUCUGAUAAUGGAUGAAGAAAAACCACCUAUGCCCCCACCUGAGUAUACUCGGGGCUCAAGUGAAAAUUCUAGAUCCUCACAAGAGAAUCACCAUGGGGAGGAGUAUGAAAUGGAUACAGACAUUACCUCCCCCUUGUACCAGCCCCCACCCCCAGUUCCUUCAGGGGGGUCCAACAAACAGCCACGACCGCACAUGCAGCCAGCACAUAGAAAUCCUGCACCCUACGUGCCACCAUAAUGUUGUAUAAAAAUGUUAGUGUGUUGCUGAUUGGUGGGUGUAAACUGUUUGGAUGGUUUUGAUUGGAUGAUCUAAAUGCUGAAGUGAGAAUGCAGUUUAGAUAUUUUUGAGUGUGGUUGUUCAGUGUGGUUGUAAACAUCAAACUUAACUGAGUAGUAAAUAAUUUUUCAUCCGCUUCCAAAAAGUAUAAUACAGAAAGUUAUAAGAAAGACUCGGGGAGAUGCAUUUUUGCCUUAUUUAAUAUUGUCAUCAUUUUUGAGUAAGUGCUUUUUAUUUCAAAAAGAUUUAUGUUUUAAUGUGUGAUGUUUUUCUCAUCUCAGUGAAUUUUUAUUGUGUACAUGUUGUAUGAGCGCAUUUACAUGUGUUCUUCAUGCAGUUUUAACUGUUAGAGUUGUUUGAAAUGUUUGUGCAUUGUGACAGAAGAAUGGUUCUAUGCAAGGAAAUUUUGUAAACCUGCAGAUAGGGAAAUUAAACUUAAUUUUAAAUCAACAUUUUUUUUUUUAUCUGAAAGUUGAUCCUUACCUCUUGUUAAAACAUUAAAUAGGUUACAUAUAAUCAUGAAAAGAAAAUUUAAAUUUCAUAUAGUGGAGUCAUAUUAUAACUAAAUAGGUUAUACUGUGCUAGAUUAUUUUAUAAUCAUGCAUACAUAUGUUUAUUCAUAAGAUGUUUUUAUAAUCACCAAACAUUUAUAAUCAUUAUUUACCUUCAGUUACCAUGGUUACCAGCUAGUCCAAUGAUUUGUGUUAUACCAGGAGAGUUGAUUAAUUAAGAAUGAUAUUAUUGUAUUUGUGUUGUAGUGCUUGAUUACUAUAGUUUCUAUUGUUAGAGUGUAUAAUUUCAAAUACUCAGCUUCCAUGAUUUUUUUUUUAAUUUUAGUAUUAAUAUCACAUUAAUUUGCAGAUUGAUAUUAUUUUGUCAUUAUUUUGUAAUCAAGUCCAGACACAAGAACAUUUUUGUACCACAAACACCUUAAUAGUCUUAGAAGUGUGUAAAUUUACACAAAAAUAAUCAUGCAUGCAUAUGGCCUUUAAUUAAAGCAUUUGCAAGACUAAGACUCCCUUUGAAAGAAGGGGAGAGAACUCAAAGCUGACUUUCAGGUCUUUAGUAUAAUUAUCAAUGCAAUUAUUAG